AUGGGGAUUCCGCGAUGGAAGGAUUUACCCGCGCAGCAUCCUAGGGCAUAUGACCGAUUAAGCGCUAUCGGGCGCGCCAUCAGGCCCUAUCUACCGCCCGUCAACUACAUCACCCUACACUAUGCAUACUUCAUCGUCACCUCCGUCAUCGCCACGCUCAUCUUCUGGGGCUCUUCCGUCCCAGCCUACAGCGUUGGCUGGUGGGACAGUAUGUUUAUGGUCGUCUCGGCGCUUACCGCCACUGGUCUCAACACCGUCAAUCUCAGCCAGUUGACGACGUUCCAGCAGGUCAUUUUGUGUGUAUUGAUGAUGAUCGGAAGUCAGGUCUUGGUUUCCUACGCCACCAUAGCAUAUCGCCAGCACAUCUUCGAGAAGCGCUUCGAGGAUAUCGUGGAGAUGGAGCGAGAGAAGAGGAAGAAAAAGAUGUCGGGAACCGGUGCCGUGGUUGGUAUGACAGGUACCAUGUUCGGGCUGCAAGUAAUGUCGUCCUUUGGGAGAGGACGGGCACAGAGUAAACCGCGGCCCUUAAGCCAAACGAACGCCUCGGCUCUGCACGCAAGGAAGCGUUCCGAUGAGGUGUCUGUUUCGGAGGUCCAAGCAGCAGGUCUAAGGGGCCAAGGCCAACAACAACAACAACAACACAUUGGCUUCCUCGAACCCGUCCAUGAGGAUAAGCCCCUGGAAGGACAAACAGCAGAGACGACCGGUCACUCUAUCUACCAGACUCAAUCUCACCAAACUGGGGCGACGAGACGAAGAUCUCAAACGGUGGAAUCCAGAACGAUAUCUGGCGGGUUCAACGUCCAAACCUUCCUCAAUGAACAAAAGCGCAACAUUGGAAGGAAUGGUCAAUUCUUCAAUUUGUCCGAAGAGGAACGAGAGUACCUUGGAGGGGUCGAGUACCGCGCCCUCAAAUUCCUCUCCUGGUUUGUCAUCGCCUACUUCUUGCUCUGCCAAUUCUUCGGUGCCAUCGCUCUCGGGGCCUGGAUGUAUGUCUACAAAAACGAUCUAGCCGCCGUCAAUGCCCAAAAUCCGUGGUGGGCAGGCAUCUUUCUCGCCAUCUCCGCAUACAAUAACGCCGGCUUCACGUUGUUGGACGCAGGAUUUAUACCCUUCCAGGACUCUUAUUUCCUACUUACAAUCGUUACACUGCUGUCGCUGGCAGGCCCGGCGGCGUUUCCCGUCUUUAUGCGAAUCAUAAUAUGGACUAUGUCGUGUCUGUUGAAUCUUUUUACCAAGGGGAAAGAGUAUGGCGUUUGGAAAGAGGGAUUUGACUUUAUCCUAAAAUUUCCUCGUCGCGUAUAUACCAAUCUUUUUCCUGCGAAAGACACUUGGGUUUUUGGGCUCACAUUUGGAGCCUUCGUGAUAGUGGACUGGAUAUUGAUUCUGAUUCUCAGCAUUGGAAAUCCGACCUUCGAGGCUAUUCCCCUGGGCCAGCGGAUCUUUGAUGCUCUCUUCCAAGGAUUCUCGAUUCCUUCAGGGGGUUAUGCCAUAGUGUCACCAUCGGCCGUCUAUUUCGAUAUCCAGGUGCUUUGGCUAGUCGUAUAUUUGGUAUCGGCUUACCCUCAUAUUAUCACUAUCCGAAACUCCAAUGUCUACGAAGAGCGAUCCUUAGGGAUAUACGAAGGCGACCAAGCAUCAGAGGAGCAACUUCAUUCUGCAAGCAUUAGUCUUGUCGACGCUGAUGAUAUAGGCCUUCAAGAUGGAGGGGAAAUCCCGCCCCCUACGACCAACAAAAACUGGGACUCGGUCUCUCGAUCGCCGUCUACCGUAUCGAUCAAGAAGCUCUAUGUCGUUGGCCGACGCGGAACCGCAUUCGUAGGCCGCCAGAUUCAACAGCGUAUGUCCGCUUUCCAAGGUGUUGGCGUUAAUACUACCGCACCAGCGUCAGCAUCAGCGCCACCCAGGCCAGGGAUCCGCCGGGCCCAGACUAUGGACUUCGCGCGAGUCUCUGUCCACUCCCUCCACGACCACCCACCCACAACCGGUCCGCCGAGUCUCGUAUCGCAGCAGGUGCGCGGUCAGCUCAGCCACGACGUGUGGUGGAUUGCGUUAAUGUUGUUCCUUAUUACGGUCAUCGAGACGAAGCAUUCGCUCGCCGACCCGUUGACGUUUAAUGUUUGGACAAUUCUUUUCGAAAUUGUAGCAGGUUAUACAACAGGUAUCAUCGGGCUGCCUGACCAAAGCUACAGCCUCAGCGGAGGCUUUUACACCGGGAGUAAAAUAGUCAUGAUUCUGGUGAUGCUGCGAGGCCGACACAGGGGCCUACCCGUCGCGCUAGAUCGAGCCGUUCGGCUGCCGGGACAUAAGCUUGCUGAGGAUGAGGAGGAAGACGCUGAGAUUCGGAGCAUGUCGGCCUUUUCGCAUUGA